AGCAAGAGGGGGAACAACGUGAACAAGUGUUGAUAGAGUGGCAAGAUGGAGGGGCAGACAGCGCAACGUGGGAGGAUCGGAGGUUGAUGCAGGAACAAUUCCCCGAGUUCGACCUUGGGGACAAGCAUCUACCCCUAAGGAGUAGAACCUUGAACUUUGCACAAGCAAUGAAAGCUCAAUGGCGCAACCACCUCAAUGUCCUUUUUCUUCCAUAUCCAACACCUGGCCAUAUGAUACCAAUGGUAGACACUGCCAGACUAUUUGCCAAGCAUGGUGCGAGUGCUACCAUUAUCACUACCAAAGCCAAUGCUUUAACAUUCCAAAAGGACAUUGAAGAUGACUUCAGUUGUGGAUACGACAUCAGAACUCUUGUGAUUCCAUUCCCUGCGGACCAAGUUGGUCUCCCUGAUGGGGUUGAAAACAUUAAAGAUAGCACUACCCCAGAAAUGUUGGGUCAAAUCAGGCAUGGAAUAUCAAUGCUUAAAGAUCAAAUUGAGCUUCUGUUUCAAGACCUGCAACCAGAUUGUAUAGUGACUGAUUUUUGCUAUCCUUGGACAGUGGAGUCUGCUACAAAACUGGGCAUUCCAAGGCUUUUCUUUUACAGCUCAAGCUACUUCUCCAACUGCGUUAGUCAUUCUAUUAGGAAGCAUAGACCUCAUGAAAUCCUAGUCUCUGAUACCCACAAGUUUACAAUUCCCGGUUUACCUCAAAGAAUAGAGAUGACGCCAGCGCAGGUAGCGGAAUGGGAAAGGACUAAGAACGAAACCACAGGCUACUUUGAUGCAAUGUUUGAAUCGGAGACUAAAAGCUAUGGAGCACUGUAUAAUAGUUUUCAUGAACUUGAAAGCGAUUAUGAGCAACUUCAUCAGAGUUUAUUGGGGAUCAAAUCUUGGACAAUUGGACCAGUUUCUUCGUCGGUUAACAAAGAUGAUGGACAAAAGGCUAAUAGAGGACACAAGGAGGACCUUGAAGAAGAGCCACAAUGGCUAAAUUGGCUUAACUCUAAGCAAAAUGAAUCUGUACUUUACGUAUGUUUUGGUAGCCUCGUCUGGCUCCCUCAUGCUCAACUUGUUGAACUGGCUCAUGGGCUUGAGCAUUCUGGUCAUAGCUUCAUCUGGGUCAUCAGGAAAAAGGAUGAAAAUGAGAAUGAAGAUAGUUUCCUACAAGAGUUUGAGAAGAGGAUGAAAGAAAACAAGAAAGGUUUUAUCAUAUGGAACUGGGCACCACAGCUGCUGAUAUUGGACCACCCUGCCAUAGGAGGAAUGGUGACUCACUGUGGUUGGAAUUCCAUUCUUGAAAGUGUGAGUGCUGGAUUGCCAAUGAUCACCUGGCCAAUCUUUGCUGAGCAAUCCUACAAUGAGAAGUUGGUAGUUGAUGUCUUGAAGAUUGGAGUCUCAGUUGGAGUGAAGGAAAACACGUUUUGGAUGAGCUUGGGUGAUGAAGCAAUGGUGAGAAGAGAGGAUAUAGUGAAGGUUGUGAUGCUUUUGAUGGGAAGUAGCCAAGAGAGCAAAGAAAUGAGGAAGAGAGCAAGAAAACUCAGUGAUGCUGCCAAGAGGACUAUAGAGGAGAGUGGACACUCUUAUAACAACUUGACUCAGUUGAUAUAUGAGCUUAAAUCGUUGAAGAUAUCUAAAGCACAUACAGAAGCAGGGUAGAUAAUUGAAAUGGAGCAUUAAUGUAGUGCUUCUCGGAGGUGAAGCUAGUGAUUUUAUAAUUCCUUUUGCUUAUAGAACAAGAUGAACAACAACUUCAAGUACUUCUGAAACUGUUUUACAUGGAUCUAGCUUGCUACUUCUGUCAGUGUUUCAGUAUAAUAUUUUAGUUUUUCCUA